CACCCCUUCCAUCUUCUUCAGGUCCUUUCCAAACGCCAAAAAUCCUCCUUACAGGCUGACCUCUUCCGAUACUCUCCGAAACUUUUUUAACUCGGCUGAGUUGAAGAUAUCGUAGCUGCUCUUUCGUACGUACAAUGGGUAUUUGCAGUUCGUCUAGUUCGACGGACGUGGCCACGGCCAAGCUCGUUUUUCAAGACGGUCGGCUUCAAGAAUUCUCGUACCCGGUAAAGGUUGCUUAUCUACUACAAAAGAACCCCACGUGUUUCAUCUGCAACGCCGACGAGAUGGACUUCGACGACGUUCUCUUGGCGGUGAACGACGACGAAGAGCUUCAAGUGGGUCAGCUAUAUUUCGCUUUGCCAUUGAGUAAGCUAAAGCACCCACUGCAGCCUGAAGAAAUGGCUGCAUUGGCUGUCAAAGCAAGCUCUGCGUUGAUGAAAGGAAGUGGGGGUGACAGAUUUGGGUGUGGCCGGAAACCGAUUUCUCCGUUGGUUUUUCAAGGAGGAGACUUGAAGUCUCAGAGAAGAGAAAUCGCCGGCGAUGCCGGUGGGGGUUGAGAAGGGGUAGGAAUGGUGGCGGUAGCGGUGGAAAAGGAAAGUUUACGGCACUGUUGAGUGCAAUACCUGAGUAGGGUUAGAUUUGUAAAUACCGUAGCCAUUUGAGGAUCAGAUUUUUUGUAGCAUUUGUAGUAGUAGAGCUGUUUUUCUGUGGAUGUGAUAUUGUGAUGGGUUGGGUAGCACUGCUACACCCCUCUGAACGUUUA